AUGGCGAAGGGCGGGCUGGGCAAGCUGCGGUGCAUGAUCAGGAGGUGGCACUCGUCCAGCCGCAUCGCCCGCACGUCACCACCGGCCAUCGACGACGACGGGGCCAUCGUCUCCGGCGGCCGCGGCGCGUCGUCGUUCCACGGCGCGGACGAGGUGCCCAAGGGCCUGCACCCGGUCUACGUCGGCAAGUCGCGGCGCCGGUACCUCAUCGCCGAGGAGCUCGUGGGCCACCCGCUGUUCCAGACCCUCGUCGACCGCACCGGCGGCGGCGGCGGCGCCAACGGGGGAGCGGCGGGUACCGCUACCGUCGUCGGCUGCGAGGUCGUGCUGUUCGAGCACCUGCUGUGGAUGCUGGAGAACGCGGACCCGCAGCCGGAGUCCCUCGACGAGCUCGUCGACUACUACGCGUGCUGA